AUGCCUUGCUCUAAGAAGCCUGAUUACUUACAGGGUUUGAGCCUUCUGCAGUGGCCCUUGAGCUACCUUGCCGUCUUUUGGAUCGGGCAGCCGUUGUUCAUUUGCUUGCUGUUCACACCCUUGUGGCUGCUACCAACACUUUACUUUGUCUGGUUAUUCCUGGACUGGAAGACUCCAAAUCAAGGUGGCAGGCGUUCGGCCUGGGUAAGGAACUGGUCUAUCUGGAACCACAUCAGGGACUAUUUCCCUAUUACAAUCCAGAAGACAAAGGACUUGUCGCCUUCCCAGAACUACGUCAUGGGGGUCCAUCCCCACGGUCUCCUGACCUUCGGCGCCUUCUGCAACUUCUGCACUGAGUCCACAGACUUCUCGAAGACCUUCCCAGGCAUCACUCCUCACUUGGCCACACUGUCCUGGUUCUUCAAGAUCCCCUUUAUUAGGGAGUACCUCAUGGCCAAAGGAGUGUGUUCUGUGAGCCAGCCGUCCCUUGACUACCUGCUGAGCCAUGGCACUGGAAACCUCGUGGGUAUUGUUGUGGGAGGAGUGGGAGAGGCCCUACAGAGUGUGCCUAACACCACCACCCUCAUCCUCCAGAAGCGCAAAGGGUUUGUGCGUACGGCCCUCCGACACGGGGCUCAUCUGGUCCCUACCUUCACCUUUGGAGAAACUGAGGUAUAUGACCAGGUGCUGUUCCAUGAGGACAGCUGGAUAUACAAGUUCCAAAGCUGCUUCCGCCGGAUCUUUGGUUUCUAUUUCUGUAUCUUCUAUGGACAAGGCUUCCAUCAAGGCUCCUUGGGACUCCUACCGUACCACAGACCCAUUGUUACUGUAGUCGGGGAGCCUUUGCCCCUGCCCCGGGUUGAAAACCCAAGCCCAGAGAUGGUGGACAAAUACCAUGCACUCUACAUGGAUGCCCUAUACAAGCUGUUCGACCAGCAUAAGGUCCAGAAUGGCUGCUCCGACACCCAGAAGCUGCUUUUCGUGUGA